UAAUCACUCUUAAAACAUUUUCGAAUUGUGUCGAAUUUCUCAUACCGACAUGAUGUUCGUGUUUCUCUCGCCAGUCGUUAGAUGGCAGCCUUCAAUUGGCGACGAACUAUAUUAACCCAUGGAAGUAGGGUAGUGUGGAACUUGUGAUGAUGUUGAAGAUGGGAUGGUGUGCACAUCAUGCCCACUUAUUAAUUGUUUAAUACUGCUUUUGUUGAUGUAGAAUGGGUGCAAACAUCUCUCAGUUGGAAAGAGAUAUUGGUUCAGAUCAAUUUCCUCCCAAUGAACAUUAUUUUGGACUUGUUAACUUUGGAAAUACAUGUUACAGUAAUUCUGUUUUGCAAGCAUUGUAUUUUUGCAAACCAUUCAGGGAAAAAGUUUUAGAAUACAAAGCUAGAAAUAAAAGGACAAAGGAAACCUUAUUAACAUGUCUGGCAGAUUUGUUUUAUAGUAUUGCUACCCAAAAGAAGAAAGUUGGCUCAAUAGCACCCAAGAAAUUUAUAGCUCGCUUGAGGAAAGAAAAAGAGGAAUUUGAUAAUUAUAUGCAACAAGAUGCUCAUGAAUUUCUUAAUUUUCUAAUCAAUCAUAUCAAUGAAAUAAUAUUAGCGGAACGGCAUCAGAAUAAUGCAAAACCUAAAACUGGUAAUGGUGAUCCACAAACUCAACAAGAACCCACAUGGGUCCAUGAAAUAUUUCAAGGUAUUCUUACAAGUGAGACAAGAUGUCUGAAUUGUGAAACUGUUAGUAGCAAAGAUGAAGAUUUCUUUGACUUGCAAGUAGAUGUUGAUCAGAAUACUAGUAUUACUCAUUGCUUGAAGUGUUUCAGUAAUACUGAAACAUUAUGCAGUGAUAAUAAGUUUAAAUGUGAUCAUUGCAGUAGUUAUCAAGAGGCUCAGAAACGAAUGAGGGUCAAGAAAUUGCCUAUGAUUUUGGCGUUGCAUUUAAAAAGAUUUAAAUACAUGGAACAAUACAAUAGGCAUAUUAAAGUGUCUCAUAGGGUUGUAUUUCCUUUAGAACUGAGAUUAUUUAACACAUCAGAUGAUGCAGUUAAUCCUGAUAGACUCUAUGAUUUGGUGGCAGUUGUGAUACACUGUGGCAGUGGUCCUAAUAGAGGACACUACAUAAGUAUUGUUAAAAGCCAUGGUUUUUGGCUGUUAUUUGAUGAUGAUAUGGUUGAUAAAAUUGAUGCCUCUACAAUAGAAGACUUCUAUGGCUUGACUUCAGAUAUCCAGAAAUCAUCAGAAACUGGUUAUAUUCUCUUUUACCAGUCGAGAGAUUGUGUACAAUGAGUAACAGUUCAUUGGCACAAAAAGUUCUGUUCCUGGUGCAUAUUAUGCAUGGAUUUGAAUAAGAAUCUUAUUGAUUGGAGUUUACCAACAAAAAUGUAUGUAACUGUUGAAUGUUGUGUAAAGCUGUGUCAACUGUAAAUGUAUGUCAACAGAAUGCGAAAAUGACUAAAAUGGUAGGUAGGAUGUGUUUUACGUAUUGUGAAACAUGGUAUAAAGGGCAAUAUCACUGUGGUAGAAGGGGUAAUAUGUAUAUACACUAUGUGGUAACUUCCAAUUGAUUCUUUCUGAAAGGAAUGCAAUAAGUAUUUACAUUAUUUCAUUUUCAUUGAAAUGUAACUUGCCAUGUAUAUUUGUAGAUAUUGAAUUAUUGAAAGGAAUUUGUAAUUAAAUAUCUUCAAUGCCAGUGAAAUUGUAUGACAUUUUACAGGCAUGCUCAAUUCAGAAGGAUUGCCAGUUCUUUAGAAUGAGCAUUUUGUCUAGUUGCAGUAUUAAUUAAAUACUGGUGAAGUUUGUAACAUUUAAUUCUUGUUUUCUUCUUUUCUGUAUUACUAAUAUUGGUCUUACUUUAGACACCCAUAUAAUAAUGUAAAUACUAGAAUAAUUGGAUUGUGUUUCAUUGGAAACAUGUGAUUUGGAGAGUCAUGUUCAUUGGUUUCUUGUAAAUAAUAUCUUUAUAGAUACUGUAUUGUGGUUUGUAGAAUUUGUACAUAAGGAUGAAAUAAGAAUCUUUAAACUUUGUAAAUAGCAUAAUUGCCAUUAUCAUAUGAAGAAUUUUCAUAUUAUCAGUUCAAAUCUAUCAUAAUCUCUGUAUUACAUUGAUAUGUAUUUGGAAAGUAAAGAUACGAUGGACUUCAAUUUAACUAUCAUACUUUUCAAUUCCAUCAAUACACAGAAUAUAGUUUUGAUCUUCCCUUUUCAGCUAGUCUUGAACUGAAAAUGAAGUUGUUAACAGAAUAGUCCUAGUUAAUUCUUAGAUGAGGGCCAUCGUAAUAAAGACUGUUGGACAGUUACUUGUAUAAAAUAAACAGAGUAUGAAGUUUGGUCUUCAAAAUCAUAGUAUCGUGUCAGAAUAUUUCUUGCAUUUGUAUGCAAUUGUUAUUUAGGAAUAAAUACUAAGGUAACAACUUUGUUGAGUUGAAUGGAUUUCCUAGAACAGUAAAUACUAUAUUUCUAUCAACUUUAGGAUUCAGUAUGAUCUUUUGUAAAUAUUCUGAACAGUCGUUAAAAUUCAACAUGUUGGAUUGUGAUAAUACAUUCUUUAAAAUUUGUUCCAUCAUGUAUUUUAAUUUGAAAUUUUUAAAUCUGUGAAUACUAUAUAAUUAAUGUUGUUGAUAAUAAGAAUUAAAAGUGCAAUGAGUCUGACUGUUUAAGAUCUCUGGUCAUUGUAUUAUCUGUACAAAGAUUGAAUGUGUAUAGUAACAUGCCCAGUUUUAUAAUAUAAAUAAUAUAUUGUAAAUCCCUUGUGAACUUCUUUUACUACAUUAUUUAAUUUAUUGUAUUACCAUUGUUAUAUGAAAGACUUGGUUUUCCUGGAUAUUUAAGUUCAUUGUGCUUUUUUGGCUUCAUUCACUUUGUGACACCAUUUUAAACCAUUUCUUGUUGUGUGCUAAUAUUUAAUAACAUUUUAUUAAGAGAAAAUGAGGUAUUGGUUAUGGUUUAUUCCCAACCUAAUGUGCCAUUUGAUCAGUCAUGUUUACAAAGAGUUUUUCAAACAUCUAUUAUAUUUACCUAUUAAAACCAUAACUUACUGGUGAAACCAAAUUGCAGGUGUAGAAAAAUUUUGUUAAACUGUAUUUCUGCCAAAAUUAAGUUUAAAUCUAGUUUCUUGGCUGUGAUCUGUUUUAAUUUCUGUAUUUGUAUUAGUGAUACUGAGCACAAUUAGUUGCCAUUGUAAGGGGAAAAGGAAAAUUCAUUGAUAUUUUUUACAUAGCUUAAGUAAAUUAUUUGUUUUAACCUGGAUUAACAUUAUAAUGUAAAUCAUUGGUUUAGAACAAAAUUCAGAGUUGAAAUAUUUGCUUGGAGUAUUGUAUUUGACAUAAAUAAUUGUUAUUUAGUGACUCAUAAUCAAGUUUACUUCCUAUGAAAAAAACAAAUAUGUGAAACAAAUAUGAGCCUGUUUUACCAUUUCUUCUACAAUUUAAAAUAAAACUAUUUCUUGAAAAGUUAUUGUGGGAGGUAUUUCAAACAGCAGUAAUAUUGUAUUUUAUGGGGAAGAUUUAUUUUUUACUGAGCUUUUAUAAUGAUUUUAUAUUGUAUAGGUUUAUAUACAAUUACUCUGUAUAUGCAAUGCUUUUGUUGGUACGAUGAAAUACACAUGAAACCAUGUUCAGUCUCACAGAAGAUCAGUAAAAAAUAAAAUUUUUUGAACCUAGAGUAACCAAGUUAGAUUUUAAUUACAAUGCAUCACUAACAACCUUUUGCCUCCUUGUUGCCUCUUGACUUUAAUAGAUAUAGUGCGACCAUGAGUGCAACAAUGGCCCAACUGCUGUCUAGUAUGCUAGUAGUCUGGCUAGGCCAGUUGCUUUUCUGGCAGAUUGUACUGUUGCUCACACUGCCUAUUAUACUUUAUGUUCAAAAUAACGUUCUGUAAACACUUAUUUGACUAAAUUGCCAUUCUCAGUCGUAUACCCCACAUGGGGAGUCCAAAGACACAUUUGAAAAUACAAUUUUCUUAUUUUUCAUAACUAAAUGUCAUUCAAUAUUUCAAUUGAGUAUAUUAAAAUUAAUCUUAUGUCAACAAAUUAAAUUCAGAAUUAAUGAAAAAUUCAAGGCAGCUGGACUGUACAGUAGGGUGGCCACUCCAAUUCUUGAAGUAAUUUUCUCUGACUUUUCCCAGUUUUCCAGAGCAUUUUUUAAAUUUUUCGUUGAUCAGAUUUGUAGA